AUGGCACCCCGCGUCAAGCAAACUGCUAGGAAGAGAACUCUGCAGAUUGAAGGGUUCGGCUUCCCAUGGGUCCAGCCGGUAUUGCCGUUGGAAUUCUAUGCUAACCAUGCUGGGAUCAAAAGCGAGCGCCGCUACAUCUUCGUUCAAGUGUUCACAGUGGAAAUUAGUACAGAGGCUAUUAAGGAGGUCUUGGAGUUGCCUGAGGUACACAAUGACAGGCAAACUGAUGUUGCCAGUCUCCAUAUGAAGGUGGAUAUCUGGGACUCUAUCGAACGAGUCUCUGCAACUAUCAUAAGGAGGAUAAUUGGACCUUGGACAAGCAUGGGGAUCCCACGUCCUUUGACGCCAAGCAUAUGA